GGGGAAUUCAAGAGGGAUGGGGGGGUUCGUGAACAGUAGGAAGUGGUGAGGGACUUGUAGGCAAGCUUUUUAUGGGUGAAGAGAGCGUGGAAAGGGGACGGGAAAGAAGGAAAAUUAGAGGCAAAGCAUAUCGGGGGGGUAGUACAGUAGAUCCAACGAGUGACAGAGUUGUCCGUGAGAACAUUGUGAAAUUGGGCAUGGCAGCAACGUCCAUGAAGACGUCUAGCGUGCUUUAAUAUCUGGAGGAGCAUGGAUGGACCGGCACAUACGUUACGGUGCAUAUCGUCUCCAAUCCCGGUGAGGGCGGAGCUCCUCAAGGACAUUCUGUACGGCAGAUGGAUCACGUGGGGUGGCAAAAAACCUCCCGCAGCCGUCGAAGCCUCUCUGUUAGCGACGCUGCCAGCAGCCAUGCUGGCGAACACUCCACGUCAACUCCGUGUCGGCGUUUCUUCAGUGCCCGGUUGCAGGGUCGGCGUAUUUGCCGUCGAGAGCAUCGCGCCGGGUACCGAAAUGGGACCGUAUCCGGGUACCCCUAAAACACAAGUUGCGCACUGCAGGGACAAGUCCCUCGUCUGGGAGGUAAUCAGCCCUGACGGUCGAGUAAGGCACUACGUAGAUGGUGAUGACGUAGCAGCUCCGUCAUGGAUGACGUACGUCCAGUGCGCGCGUCACGAGCAAGAACAGAACCUCGAAAUGUUACUUGUCGACGACAAGAUAUUCUACAGAGUGACCAAGACAAUCUACCCGGACGAUGAACUCCUAGUCUGGUACGAUGGAAAUUUGCCACAUUACAUGGGGAUUCCCGAAUCACUGCUUCCAAUCGAAAAGGAACCCGCCGUAAAAUUGCAAGAGAGCGUGAAGACGUCGGGGACCCAAAGUUGCUCAUCGUCGAGCGGCGGCAAGCUGAAAUGCGUCGUUUGCAGGAGAGGUUUUAACUCGAGGAGCAACCUCCGUUCGCACAUGCGCAUUCACACACUGGAGAAGCCAUUUGCCUGCAAAUUCUGCGGCCGCAGCUUCAGUCAGUCAUCUACGUUGCGAAACCACCUCAGACUUCACACAGGCGAACGGCCAUACAAGUGCUUGGUGUGCCAACGUGCGUACAGCCAGUUAGCUGGAUUGCGUGCACAUCAACGCAGUGCACGACACAGACCUCAAAACGGUGCCAACGUCACGGACGACCUGACUUCAGCGAGACAGCAAGUACAGGACAAGCCUCACAUGGGUCCUCCGCGACCAUUCUGCGUACCAGUACCACUGACAUCAUUGCCAGCUACAGUGAUAUCUGUGUAGUAUUAUUUACUGCUCUAAUGGACGAGGCAAGCGACAACUGUUCUCGGUGCUUCGUAUGCCAGUGUGACGUGCGAAAGCCUCGGUUUGUGUGCAGGCCUGAAUCAAUGGGCGCGUUAAGUGACUGCUCUCUUACUCGUUCUCGGGCGCUACGAGUUUCUGCUCCUGGAGCAGCUGUUAAACGGCACUUGGACACUUGAACACGGUCGCUGUGCCGCUGUGCUAGAGGCUAUAAUGUAAUCCGCUAUGUACUGGA